UUACCAGUACCAGUUCUUCCUGAAUUGAUUCUGACUCAUGGCGACCCCCCAUGUGUGUUGGAGUAGAACUGUGCUCCGUAGAGUUUUCAGUGGCUGGUUUUUCAGAAGUAGAACACCAGGCCUUCCUUCCAAGGUACCUCUGAGUGAACUUGAACCUCCAACCUUUCAGUUAGCCGCAAGCAUGUUAAUCCUUUGCACUGCCCAGGGACUUCAAGUUUUUCUAUACUGAACUUAAACUUUGUUUUAAUGAGGUGGAAUUUAUCUUCCAGCCCUGCUACAGAGUGAGUGGAGGUAUUCCAAAGCAGGUAUCUGUGAGGAGUUGGUUUCCUUCCUCCUCCCAAUCAAAUCAUGUAAAACUUACUGUGGUUUGAGUACAUAUAUGAUUUGUAUAUAUGUAUUGAGCACUGAAGGAACCUUGGUGGCACAGUGGUUAAGCACUUAGCUACGAACCAAAAGGUCAGUGGUUUGAACUCAGCACCCGCACUGCGGGAGAAAGAUGUGACAGUCUGCUUCCGUAAAGAUAAUGCAGCCUUGAAAACCCUAUGGGGCAAUUCUAUAUUCUGUCCUAAACGGUCACUAUGAGUCGGAAUUGACUCGACAAUGAGUUUGGGUUGGUUUUUGUUUUACUGAUUGCUGGGUAAUGGAUGGAGCCCUGGUGGUACAGUGGUUCAGUGUUUGGCUGCUAACCAAAAGUUCAGCAGUUUGAAUCCACCACUACUCCUCGGAAACCCUAUGAGGCAGUUCACAUCUGAAUCUACUCGACGACAACGGGUUUGGUGUAAUGGAUGAGGUGAUCUAGAUUUUUUUUAGCUCAAGUAAUGGGACAUUUUCAUAAAACAGUCUUUCUCAAAACUCAAGUUGUUUUCUUGGUGUAAACGGAUUUGAAUAGUAAACCUGUACAUUGAGAAGUAUUUCCUCCAUGUACUCAGGGAAAACAUGGAACGGAGUGAUUGUCAACACUAGGUUGUUCCAAGCUCUUUGACUCUCUAAACAAACAAAAAAAAAAACCUAUUGCCAUCAAGUUGAUUCUAAGUCAUAGCAAUCCUAUAGGACAGAAUAGAACUGCCCCAUAGAGUGUCCAUGUAGCGCCUGGUGGAUUUGAACUGCUGAUUCUUUUGGUCAGCAGCCAUAGCACUUAACUUUGACUCUCUAGGACAAGAGAUCUAUGUAUACCCAGGGCUUCCUAUUCUGUGUGUUAGCACUGUUUGCAAUUUGAGGUGUAGGGGAUAUAGAUUCAACGUUAGUAUUUUGUCCUCAUCCAGAAUAACAGAGCCUAUAGGAAUUCUGGAGCCCUGGUGGCACAGUGGUUAAGAGCUUGGCUGCUAACCAAAAGGUAGGCAGUUUGAAUCCACCAGCUGCUCCUUGGAAACCACAUGGGGUAGUUCUACUCUGCCCUAUCAGGUCACAAUGAGUCGGAAUUGAUGCGAUGGCAAUGGGUUUUAUAGCAAUCCUAGGUUUGUUUUUUCUUUCUGUGGAUUUUCAUCAGGCAUGGGUCAAACAGCAGUAUGUCGGGGCCAAACCAGUUACUUCAACACUUGAUAUUAAACCUCACCAAUCAAUUCUUUUUUAAGUACCUGAUUCAUAGUAAAACUUUUCAAUAUGUUUCAGUUCUUCCCUCAGAGAGGAUUCUUUGUUCUCUGUCCAACCUUUGUGUUUUCCUCCAUUCCUGUACCCUCAAAUGGAUAGGAUCAUUCUGCCCAGGGCCACAAAAUUGCUAGCUGCUUCUUGUGCAGUCCUUGGGAAGAAGUGGCAAACUUCCUGCUUAAUGUCUGUCACAAAGCAUCUUACCCUGAGACUUUCAUGUGGCUCUCAACCUUUGCUGGGCAUAUGUCCAUUUCUUGGGGGUGGAGUCGUAGAAACAGCAUUAGCACAGGGUUUACAGUAGACACUGCGAUUGUAGUUUGCCAGUGCUACUCUCCAGUAGGCUGCAUCUAGUUGGUACUGAUAAACAUGUAGGCAGGAAAGGAAAAUUUUGUCAGUCCGUAUCUGAAAAAACAGCUGCAGUUGGAACUUACGGUAUGCUCAACUUAAAAACUGAAUUACUCAACCAUUAGUAAAUUACCAUGCAGCAUUUUUGUUCAUAUAUUGUUUUAAAGUGUUCAUGUUGUUGUUAUUAGGUGCUGUUGAGUUGAUUUAGGCUCAUGACAACCCCAUGUAUAUUGUCAUAUAUACUAACAGAGUAUUAAGAGGGCAGGCUUAGGAAAUUUGUCGUUCUCAAACUUGAGGGUGCUUAAGAGUCACUUAGGGAGCUUGUUAAAAAUGAAAAUUUUCAGGUCCCACCCCUAGAAAUUCUUCUAGGGGAGGAGAUUCCAAUCUGCAUUUUUACCAACACCCCAGGCAAUUCUGAGAUGGACUGCUAUGUUUAGAAACACAGAUCUAGAUAUUGGAUGUUAGAAAAUGCCCGUUUAGCAAUCAAACAAUAUUAUUUUGUGAACCAGAGUGUAAUUCAUGUAGUGCUAGAUAAAACACGUUUCAUUGCUUAUAAAACAAAAAAUUUACCAAUGUUACAUUCUUUUACUUUAUAUGAAGAAUAGAGAUCUAUCUUAGGUCAGUAAAUUUUUACAAAUUAAUAACUAUAAUCUUAUUGUUUAUAAUAUAUGAGGGGAUGGUGCCAAUAACUUCUUUCUUGGUAACUAUUCUAUCAAAGUUCCAAAAGCCAAAUAAUACUUAUUUUGCUAAUUAAUUUGUUUCUGUCUCUGGACUUAAAUUAUCAAAGCAUUCAAAACUAGUAUAUUAUAUAAAGUGACUGUGCUACAUUACAAAUGGAUGUCUCUCUUAUCAUUAGAUCUCCUCAUGGUUCAAUAUAAGAUAGUACCUUUAAAAGACUUAGAACCUGUGCUAAUCAAUGUAAGCUCUGUCUUGGUGUAGACAUUUGUGUGUGAAUGACAAAAGCUCCUUUAGUAGAAUUAUUUUAAACCAUCAGAACUGUUGGCAGAGAGAAUCCUCUUUUAUUUUUUAAUUCAGUUCAUAUGUAUAAUUUAUGUAAGCAGUGAAGAUGACAUUGGAUUUUACUACAGACUGUGCUUGAAACUUGGUAAUCUAGGGUUUCUCCACCCAGUACAUUAAAUCAGGCAGCCCCAAAGGGUCUUGGUAGUCCAGCAUUCAUAACAUCCUUCUUUACCUGCUGAUCGACCUCACUUCCUGGAUUUCAGUCCGUCUAGUUAUCAGCUAACACAAAAGAACAGCUUUUGGUUCCUGCAGACGCUGGUGAAAAAAUAAUCAUGAGAAGGAAAUCCACCUUAUGCGGUUUUUUUUGUCUGCAAAAAUAAACUCAGCCAUCAUACAGCUAACAGGUACGGAGGGAAGAUAACAAGCUCUUUCAUGGGAGGAAAUUACAGAGAAAAUGAGCAUCAUUUCUCAAGGUUUUUCUUUUCCCUGAUCUACAAGUGAUGCUGCUGUAAUUCUAGCUGCAGUUUUUACCGAUCAUUCACCACUCAGCAGCUGGUAGAGAAGUAAGACUGCUUGGCAACCACCUGCAGGGCUGCAGAGAUGAAUUACAUUUUCGGAAACAACACACUUCUGUACUCUCGUGCCAGUCGAGGAGGCAAUACUAGUUCUAGCCAUGGCUCGGUAGGCCCAAAGCAGAAACACUGGGCAAAGAAGGGCUCAUCAGAUGAACUGCAGGCUGAGCCAGAACCGUCACGCUGGCAGCAGAUAGUUGCAUUUUUCACUCGAAGACACAGCUUUAUUGACUGCAUCUCGGUAGCCACCAGCUCCACCCAGCCAACAGAAGCUGUACCUCCCUCUUCUCCCACUGUCCCUGUGAUCCCUGUCCUGCCAGUCCCUGCUGAGAAUACUGUCAUCCUACCCAACAUACCACAGGCAAAUCCUCCUCCAGUACUGGUCAACACAGAUACCUUGGAAACACCAACUUAUGUUAAUGGUACUGAUGCAGACUAUGAAUAUGAAGAAAUCACACUUGAAAGGGGGAAUUCAGGGCUUGGUUUCAGCAUUGCAGGAGGUACGGACAACCCACACAUUGGAGAUGACUCAAGUAUUUUCAUUACCAAAAUUAUUGCAGGGGGAGCAGCUGCUCAGGAUGGACGGUUGCGGGUCAAUGAUUGUAUAUUACGAGUAAACGAAGUAGAUGUCCGUGAUGUAACACACAGCAAAGCAGUUGAAGCAUUGAAGGAGGCAGGGUCUAUCGUACGCUUGUAUGUGAAAAGACGGAAACCGGUAUCAGAGAAAAUAGUGGAAAUAAAGCUCAUCAAAGGUCCUAAAGGUCUUGGGUUCAGCAUUGCUGGUGGUGUUGGAAAUCAGCAUAUUCCUGGGGAUAACAGUAUCUAUGUAACCAAAAUAAUUGAAGGAGGUGCAGCACAUAAAGAUGGCAAACUGCAGAUUGGAGAUAAACUGCUAGCAGUGAAUAGUGUAUGUUUAGAAGAAGUUACUCAUGAAGAAGCAGUAACUGCCUUAAAGAACACAUCUGAUUUUGUUUUCUUGAAAGUGGCAAAACCCACGAGUAUGUAUAUGAAUGAUGGCUAUGGACCACCUGAUAUCACCAACUCUUCUUCUCAGCCUGUUGAUAACCAUGUUAGCCCAUCUUCCUACUUGAGCCAAACACCAGCAUCACCAUCCAGAUACUCACCAGUUUCAAAAGUAAUGCUUGGAGAUGAUGAGAUCACAAGGGAACCAAGAAAAGUUGUUCUUCAUCGUGGCUCAACUGGCCUUGGUUUCAACAUUGUAGGAGGUGAAGAUGGAGAAGGAAUAUUUAUUUCAUUUAUAUUGGCUGGAGGACCUGCUGAUCUUAGUGGAGAGCUCAGAAAGGGAGACCGUAUUAUAUCGGUAAACAGUGUUGACCUCAGAGCUGCCAGCCAUGAGCAGGCAGCAGCUGCAUUGAAAAAUGCUGGUCAGGCUGUCACAAUUGUUGCACAGUAUCGACCUGAAGAAUACAGUCGUUUUGAAGCUAAAAUACAUGACCUACGGGAGCAGAUGAUGAAUAGUAGCGUCAGCUCAGGGUCGGGUUCUCUUCGAACGAGCCAGAAGCGGUCCCUCUACGUCAGAGCCCUUUUUGAUUAUGACAAGUCUAAAGACAGUGGACUUCCCAGUCAGGGACUGAACUUCAAAUUUGGAGACAUUCUCCAUGUUAUUAAUGCUUCCGAUGACGAAUGGUGGCAAGCCAGGCAGGUUACGUCAGAUGGUGAGAGUGAUGAAGUUGGAGUGAUUCCGAGUAAACGCAGGGUCGAAAAGAAAGAACGAGCCCGGUUAAAAACAGUGAAAUUCAAUUCUAAAACAAGAGGAGAUAAAGGGGAGAUCCCUGACGACAUGGGAUCAAAAGGCCUGAAGCAUGUAACUUCUAAUGCCAGCGAUAGUGAAAGUAGUUACCGUGGUCAAGAAGAAUAUGUCUUAUCUUAUGAGCCAGUGAAUCAACAAGAAGUUAAUUAUACUCGACCAGUGAUCAUAUUGGGACCUAUGAAAGACAGGAUAAAUGAUGACUUGAUCUCAGAAUUUCCUGACAAAUUUGGAUCGUGUGUUCCUCAUACAACUAGACCAAAACGAGAUUAUGAGGUAGAUGGAAGAGAUUAUCAUUUUGUGACUUCAAGAGAACAGAUGGAAAAAGAUAUUCAGGAACAUAAAUUCAUUGAAGCUGGCCAAUAUAACAACCAUCUGUAUGGAACAAGUGUUCAGUCUGUACGAGAAGUAGCAGAAAAGGGCAAACACUGUAUCCUCGAUGUGUCUGGAAAUGCCAUAAAGAGAUUACAGAUUGCACAGCUUUACCCCAUCUCCAUUUUUAUUAAACCCAAAUCCAUGGAAAAUAUCAUGGAAAUGAACAAGCGUCUAACAGAAGAACAAGCCAGAAAGACGUUUGAGAGAGCCAUGAAACUGGAGCAAGAGUUUACCGAACACUUCACAGCUAUCGUACAGGGAGAUACGCUGGAAGACAUUUACAACCAAGUGAAGCAGAUCAUAGAAGAACAGUCUGGCCCUUACAUCUGGGUCCCAGCAAAAGAGAAGUUAUGAGGACUGAUGUUUCUGUUUCUCUUUUCCACAGUUUCAUUUCCGUUGACGCUUCUUUCCCUUCCCUUCUGGCGUCUGUCUUUAACACUCCUCCAUGUUGGACCAUGUCCCACUCAUCAUGGUCUACAGUUGUACUUAUAUUUGACAUCCGAUGUCUCCUUCAGGUUGCCUCAUCUGUGUUAUUUUAUGUCACUAUUGGUUUGUGGCCAUUUUUCAGAACUAAAGAUGGAAUGGCCUGACCAGCUAUUAAGGGUUUGGGGAGACGGGGAAAUUGUGGUAAAAUUCCUUAAUGUUUAAGGGAAAGUAUCUUUAAGAGAUUUUCAGAAAAGCUUUAUAUGCAUUCUUUUCAAAUUUCAAUACAAAUGGGAGAACAGUGGUCUUAAUCAGUGAUUUAAUAAACUUUGAGCGACUAUGCACGUUUAACUUUUUAAUAGCAUGGUUUGGCCAGUGCGUUAGCUCUCAGCUCCUCUGAAUUGACUUCUGUUAUCAGUGCAAAAUUUCAUUAAGGAAAGUCUGUUUUUUAAUUUCAAAAUUAAUGUCUGAAUUAACUUCCAUAAUUUCACAAGGGAUAUUCAUUUUUCAUAAGAGUUUUUUGAAGUCCUUUAUUGUUUGAGGUUUUUUUGUCCAGUGCAUUUGCUGAGAAUAACAAUGUUCAAAUGAGUGUAAUCUACUUGGGCAACACCUGGUGUCCUACAGAAGUCGUUUGUAGAGAAUGAUUGUCCUAUUUUCUGAAUCGAGGCCAUGUUAGGUGCUAGGGACACUUGCCUUUUUCAUAGAAGGUGAGAAAAUUUCAUAAACAUAAAUAUAGACAAAACAGACUUUACAGUGGUGAUGUAGUAAUCAUUAUGGCAAUGGAAAAGGAGUCCAAUUCAUAGCCUAAAACGUUACAUGUAUUCUUAGGGGUCAGAUUUUAAUGAAUAUUUUACCCACAAUAACUGCCUAUUUUGUUAUAAUAAAAUAUAUAUAUAUAAAUAUAUAUAAAACUUUCUUUAACUAAACUGUAACUAUGGGAAUUAUUUUCUUUACAUAGUUGCACACACACGCGCAUAUAUAUAUAUAUUUAAAAUAUAUUUUUUCUUUUGCCACCUACUCCUAACUUUUUGUUUUUUUUUGUUUUGUUUAUAAAUUAAAGUUAAU